CCUGGAGCAGGAGUUUCUGGCUGAUCCUCACCUUACCAUCUCUUAUGUCAACUAUUCUCUGGACCAGUUUCAGCUCCUGUUUCCCUCAUUGAUGAUUGUAGUAGAGCAGAUAAAGACCCAGAAGAUUCAUGGUUGUCAGAUCUUGGAGACAGUCUACAAAUACAGUCGUGGUGGCUUGCCACCUGUGCGUCAUGCUCUGGAAAAGGUCUUAGCCAUGUGCCAUGCAGUUUUGUACAAACAGCUCUCUGCCUGGAUGCUGCAUGGAUUGCUCUUGGAUCAGCAUGAGGAAUUCUUCAUAAGGCAGGGUCCCUCUCUGGGGGUCAUCUCAGCCCAGCCUGAAGAUGAUGAUGAUGAUCUGGGCAUUGGAGGACUCACAGGGAAGCAGCUACGAGAGCUGCAGGAUAUGAUCUGGAUGGCCUCCACUCCACUGUUGUUUAGAAGAGCUAUGAAGAUCAGGCUCUUCACCCUGGCCUUUGGCAAGGAAGAGUUGAGACCCCUCACUUCAUUCCAUCUGGCCUGUCAACCUGCCGUCCUUUAUCUGUUAUUGAUUCUAUGGUAAUUUCUUUGAUUAUUG